AUGCUCCUGAACUUGGGAGCGUGCCGUGGCCUUUCGAUGCCGCGAGGUCAGGAAAUCAAGGGCCCGACGGCACAGCUAGCGUCAGGCGUCAAGGCACCGCGGUCAAGCCUGGAGGAACUUCCGCCGAGGACGCCUACUACAUCCGUUCCCACUGCAACGCCCAAGACAAAGCCCGGCUUCCCAGCACCAAAGUUCAACACCUUCCCACCGCGGAGAGUGAGAGAUAAGGCCGUACGCUCGUCGCUGCCUGACACACCGGGGUAUGGCGCUGUGGAGCCGCUCGCGCCGCUGUUAAGAGGCGUUCGAGAUUACAAGGAUGGAAAGCCUGAAAAGUCUCCGUUGGGAGACGAUGUCGACGAGCAAGCUAUCUGGGUAGCGUGCGCGGAGCGGCUCGACUUUGCGUCUGACGUCGCGGCUACGCAGGCGUGGGCGAGGAUCUUUAGGGAGAGAGCUGGGGGUUACUCGUGGGAGGAGACUGAAAAGGAAUUGCCGCGUCUAGAUGCCUGGCGAACAAGACGGGGGACCUUGUCACCGCCGCGUGAGAGCAGUCCUAUCCGGAUGCCUGACGGAAGACUGUCCAGCAUGAAGACUGUGGGGGCGCAGACCGCGCAGAAAGACAGGCAUGAGAUGGCACUGGAGUCUGUGAGGAGCGCGUCGAGCGUGCAGGUGUUUUCCACGGAGACAGCGGAGAGGGUGGAGAUGAAGAGGGUGAGAAUUAAGGAUGUGGACUGUCGUGGUGUGGCAGGGAGGAGGGAGUCGCUCAAGCAGGGCGUGGAUAAUACAACCAUGACCCUUCCGUGCAGGACACCGAUGGCCCAGCAAUCGAAUGGAGGACAAACCCAGAAUUCCACAAGAAGAUAUGGCACGACACAACGGAGCCCCCCUCCUCAGCAUCCAUCCGCCGCAGCACCGCUCCCCACCCCCUCAAACAUCCUCGAAAGCUCAAAAGCACUCAGCGGUACGCCCACCACGAAACCGCAGACCCCUACACACCCCUGGGAAGCAGCCUGGCACCACGACCUCCCCAUCCCCUCCGCCUUUCCCCGCUCGCUGCCCCACGCCAGCGGAAUACUCCCGAGCCGUGUCCGUCCCGUACUCUCUUUCCGUCGCGGUGUUCGAAGCUGA